AUGACGAAUGUCAUUGAACAAGUCUUUCCAGAUACUAGGCAUAGAUGGUGUUUAUGGCACAUAAUGAAGAAGUUGCCAGAAAAAUUUAGCGCUUAUAAAGAAUAUAAUCAUAUCAAAAGUGCUAUUAACAAGCUUGUCUAUGAUUGUGGUAGUCCAGAGGAUUUUGAAAGUGGUUGGAAAGCACUACUGAGCAGACAUGGAUUGUUUCAGAAUGAGUGGUUAUGCACUAUGUACGACGAGAAACAAAAAUGGGUCCCUUGUUUCGUAAGGAACUAUUUUUGGGCAGGCAUGUCAACAACUCAAAAAAGUGAGGGGAUGAAUGCGUUUUUUGAUGGAUUUAUAAAUUCAAGCACAACCUUUCAACAAUUUGUCGCUCAAUAUGACAAUGCCCUAAGAGUUAAAGCCCAAAAAGAAAUCCAAGGCGAUUUCUCCUCCCUUAACACCACGGUUGGAUGUGGCUCUCAGUCACCUAUAGAGAGACAAUUUCAACAAGAGUACACACAUUCAAAGUUUGAAGAAGUUCAAACGGAGUUUAGGUCAAGGAUGAACUGUUUCAUCAAAGAAAUUGUUAAGGACAACAUCUUAAACACUUAUACAGUUAAAGAGGAGCGGAUGUGGGAGGGCAAAUGUGUAGAUAAAUUUCAUAAAGUUGAAUUUGAUCCAAUUACCAAACAUAUCACCUGUUCGUGCUUACUGUUUGAGUUUAGGGGAAUCAUUUGCCGCCAUUCCCUUUUGGUUUUUGGGCAGGAAGAUGUUUGUAGUGUGCCAUCAAAAUACGUCCUUCGGAGGUGGAGCAAGAAUAUCCGGAGGAGACACACUUUGAUUAGAGUAGCAAAUAUUAAUUCCAAUCUUGAACCUACCAUGCAAAGAUACCAGAGUUUGUGCAAAACAUUCUACGAAAUUGUUGAGGUUGCAUGUGAGUCAGAACCUGUUUGUAAUGAGUUGGAGAAAGAACUUCGAUUGCUUCGUAAAAAAUUUGGAUGCAGUUCAAUGUUGACAAAUAACAUAGUCAGUGAUGGAGGCAAAUUGCGUUAUGAUAAUGUGGUUCCCAGUUCCAUACCCGAAACCGUUGGUGAAAGUGUUGAUUUACUUGUCCGUAGUCCUAUAGCAGUGAAACGGAAGGGCCGACCACGCACCAACAGGAUGAAGUCAGCUGUUGAGAAACAGACCAAAAAAGGGAAAAGUGCAUCCACUCAAAAGACUUCAAGAACAUCCGUUGAAGAAUGUGUGAGUAUUUGA